UUCCGUAAUUCCACCACGUUUCCACAGACCUCACUCUCACGGCUUACGUGUAGUUCCCAAACUCUGUUUCCCGAUUCAAUUCAUCACUUCACUCUUUCUCACGAACCCUAAUCCCUAAUCUCACAAUCAAUUAGGGUUUCUCAUCUCAUUUCCACGAACUCCAUUUCAUUCCACUCCUUGAUGAUCACAAAUAUACUUUCCCCUUUCUCCCCUUCUUCUCAAUUCCCGAAUCAAUCGCAAACCUCGAUUCCUUUUUCCUCUUCCAAUCGCACCCAAAGCUAAAGAAUAAAUACUCGUUCAAAUAUCAAACGCCCAAUUCCCUCAAUCCCAAUUCACUCGAUCACACACACACUCUCUGUUUCGAUCAUGGACGUGGACGGUGGCAACAAGCGCGUGUACAACCGCCUUGGUGGGGACGCGAAGCACCAGAAAGUGUGCUACCACUGGCAAGCGGGGAAGUGCAACCGCUACCCGUGCCCCUUCCUGCACAGCGAAUCGCCCGCGAAUUCGCACCACGCCAAUGGCACCUCCUCGAAGCGGACGUACGACAAUUCGGGCUUCUCCGGCCCACGCCGCAGCCCCAAUUUCAACAACACGUGGGGCCGCGGCGGGGGCCGCGGUGGUGGUGGUGGUGGUGGUGCCGGUAGAGGUGUGGUGGUGAAGGCCGAGAAAGUUUGUAAUUAUUGGAUUCAGGGGAGUUGUAGUUAUGGAGAGAGGUGCAAGUUCCUUCACUCCUGGAGUGUGGGGGAUGGGUUUUCUUUGCUGACCCAGCUUGAAGGUCAUCAGAAGGCUGUGAGUGCAAUUGCCUUUCCCUCUGGUUCUGAUAAGCUGUAUACUGGAAGCACUGAUGAGACUGCAAGGAUUUGGGACUGCCAAUCUGGAAAGUGUGUAGGUGUGAUCAAUCUUGGUGGUGAAGUAGGUUGUAUGAUCAGUGAAGGCCCCUGGGUUUUUGUUGGGAUACCCAAUUUUGUCAAGGCCUGGAACACACAAAAUUUAUCGGAGCUAAGUCUAAAUGGUCCUGUUGGACAAGUUUAUGCACUUGUUGUGAAUAAUGAUAUGCUCUUUGCUGGUACACAGGACGGAUCUAUAUUGGCAUGGAAGUUUAAUGUAGCUACCAACUGCUUUGAGCCGGCUGCAUCACUUAAAGGUCAUUCUCGGGGUGUUGUUUCAUUAGUUGUUGGUGCUAAUAGACUUUACUCUGGUUCAAUGGACAAUACAAUAAAAGUAUGGAACCUUGAAACCUUGCAGUGUUUACAGACACUAACAGAGCACACAUCUGUUGUGAUGUCUGUUCUCUGCUGGGACCAAUUCCUUUUGUCUUGUUCAUUGGACAAAACAGUGAAGGUAUGGUAUGCUACUGAAAGCGGAAACUUGGAAGUGACAUAUUCUCACAAUGAAGAAAAUGGUAUACUUACCCUAUGUGGGAUGCAUGAUUCACAAGGCAAACCCAUUUUGCUCUGCGCUUGCAAUGAUAAUACUGUACACCUCUAUGAUCUGCCAUCAUUUGCAGAGAGAGGUAAGAUAUUAACAAAACAAGAGGUACGAGCAAUUCAGAUAGGGCCUAACGGCAUAUUCUUCACGGGUGACGGUACGGGUGAAGUAAGAGUGUGGAAUUGGAUAGCGGAGGCAACUACUACCACCCAAUAAAGUGACACUUACAAUGUGUUCCAUUUAAUUGUUUCACUAGUUUUUUUUUUGGUCUUCCUUUUUGUAAUUUUUUAGCUGCAAGAAGGGAAUUCGGGCUGACGUUGGGAUUGAGAAGAGGCAGAAAAAGAGAGGUAAAGGGAGUGUGUGUAAUUUAAGUUUGCGGAAGUAGUCUUGCUUUUAGAAUCUGAGCUGUGGAAGUAUCCUUGGCACAAAGCUGUGCUCAAGUAGGCGUGCCUAUUAAUGUUUGUAACAUUUUGUGAAAUUACAACAUUAUUUAGCAUUAUUACUUAACCCCCUCCAAUGCGUAUAUAUACCACCAAAUAAAUGUAUGUUACUUGUUAUUUACAAGUAACUGGGGGGUCUUAAAUUUUCGAAUGUUGUAUUUUUUUUCCUGGUGAUCAUAAGCUCGACGAAAUAUAAAUGAUUUAACUCGUUUUCUUU